AUGCACGUCUCGUGGACGUUUUUGUCGGUGUUCAAGUUUCUGCCACUGGCCGUGGGCACCUCUGACUUGAGCCAACAACUCUUGACUAAUAACUUAUUUUCCGGGCAAUGGCAACACCAAUUCAGCGACCCGGACCGAGAAGACUCAUCAUGCGUUAUCAGCCACCUGAGUGCAUUCGAUCAGGUUGAGGGACCAAUUACACCGUCCCUUUCCGCGACUGAACACCCAGAAAUUCCUAAAUUGGCGGCAAUUAACUCUACAACAUGGGAUCAGUGGGAAUUUGACGGUGUGGCCGCGUCCGGAAAGGGCAGCUUUAUGAUGGGCUUCUGCCGGGAUCCUUCGUUCCCCUUCUUCGGGCAAGGGAACUUGCGCAUCGAGCUCUACGUGACACUGGAGGAUGGCACACGCAUCGAGGAAAUGCAGUACACUCAGCAGUCAACUAUCAUCAGCUGUGCAGACUCCGUCAGGGGUCUAUGGAACAGCUCUGACCACCUGUACGGUUUCAAAGUGUCAAAAGACUUGCGCUCGGCCAAGCUGUGGUGGGAGAGCAGGCGUGGAAAGGGGGUCAUUACACUAGACUCGCUCACCCCGCCGGUUCUAGCAAAUGGGGCGCUCUGGCCUCCGAAAGAAGGGACUCAAGAUCAGCAACACGCGGCCGUUAGGCUAGGACCAGGGUUCUACUUCAACCAGCCCAUCUCCGGCGGGAGGAUGGUUGCUCAAGUCCAAAUGGGGGGCAAAAGCAUGAGAAUUGCGGGCCACGGUGCCCACACGCGUAUAUGGGCCGAGGACGGCUGGCUCAAUAUCUGCCACGGUUGGCACGUUGUCCGCGGGUACCUCGGCCCUUACACGGUGUCAUAUUUCCAGUUGUACUCGAAACUGGACAAUUGGGUUUCGUACCUGUCAGCUCAGCUCUUCAAGGACGGCCAACUCCUCGUGGCGACACAGGUUGGCGAUAUAUCUCGAACGGCUGACCAUGUCCUGUUCAGGCCCGACUUCACUGGAAAUGUGAGCGGCCGCCUGGCCGACAGCUCAACAGGGCGGGUCCUCGAGUUCGUGUCUGCCACCACCGGGAAGACCUGGCGUUUCCACCAUGGCCACGAAACCAAGAUGUUUGAAAUGGGCUUCUCAGGCGGAAAAGGCGGGACUGGCUUUGUCACUAACGUGCAGGGUGGGGAGUUGGGUACGGAUGAGCGCUACCAAGGGAAGGGUUUCUCUGAACAGGUUCUACUACCGGAGAGGGUAGAGAAGUGGCAAAUUUGGCUCAUUUACAGUUUUAGCACUCUUGGAAGAUGGAAAAACGUCGUGACAAACUUUGUAUCAUUCAUAUUUUGA